AUGUCCGGCGUGCAUUCAGCGGUCGUGAAAAACUCAAACGGUCAAAGCCUGCUUCAGGUACUUCCCUCUCCGUUACCCUACCUAUCUGGCUCUGCUGUUGUUUCCACCUUGUCGACGUUGUAUGGAGCGGAAAAAUCGUCCACUGCACAACUCUCUCAGACUGGUGUCAUUGCGCUCCUACCCCCUUUAUUGUCGGCCAAUACAUUCAAUGUGGAAGCUCAAGAUUACCUGACGGCGCUGACGCUCAGUGCGAAUGCCGCCGCCAAUGCGCUCGCUUGUGGGAGCGUCCUCGCAGGGCAGACAAGCGAGACCGACGAAUUCGGCGAUCUGGCACUCUGGUUGGGAGAAGGACAUUACGGGAAGGGACACGAGCGGGAGGUGCUCGAGGCGUUGGGAUUGCAUGGCGCUCUUGGGCCUCAAAUCAAGAUCACUCCUGUGGAUAUCCCAGCCGCUAUGCAUCUACCGUCGAAUUUGACGGAGCUCGUUGCUCGCAGCAGCGAGGGAAAACGGCUGUCCAGUCUUCUCUCCCAACUGGAUCAUAUCUACUCUUUCACCGUUCAGCCCAUGCCUGCAGGUGGAGGAUCUGUCGCACAGUUUCUGCUUGGUCACCGUAGCCAUGAAGGGUUCUCCGGCUGGUCAGGAUUGGUUGGAAUCGGAGUGUGGUCGUAG